AUGGGAAUACCACUUCCAACUCGUGUUGGUAAAAAAAAAAAAAGAGGCCCUGACGCAACGUCUAAAUUACCUGCCGGUAGAGUUUGUCAACAACGAGAAAGAUUAAAACCACAAGAAGAAAAAGCACAAGCAGGUGUGGGAUCUCUGAAAGAAAUCAUUGACGAUGAUCAUGCAGUAGUUUCUUCUUCUACAGGACCAGAAUAUCAUGUCAGCAUCUUAUCAUCUGUAGAUAUUCAAUUUUAUAUGCCUGUUGUCGGUGUACUUCAAGAUAAUACUGAUCCAAUGGUUAGUGUUAUGAAACUUGAGAAAGCACCUACAGAAUUACAUGCAGAUAUUGGUGUUUUGGAACAACAAAUUCAAGGAAUCAAGAAUCGUAGAAUUACUCUUAACACGUCCAGAAAUUUAUGA